AAACCCCAGACCUCUUGCGUGAGCUCCUGCCCCCAGAGAAAUAACAUCAGCAGCUUGUACAGCUCCUCCCGGGGUUCCCCGCCAGUGCAGAGGAAGAGGGGUCCCGCACGCAGCGGGCUGCCCCUGAAAUCCUUGAAGAAAGGGAGGAAGGAGAGCCCCCAGCCUCCCGCUGCAGCUCCGGUGGUCUCACUGUGGACGAACUGGCCCGACAGGGAUGCAGACACAGCCAGAGGGCCGAGGGGAACCGAGGGGAACACAUCCGAUGGUCCCAGGAAACCCCGAAGACGCAGGUUUCCUCUGCUGCCACGCAGGCGAGGGGAGCCCCUGAGGCUGCCCCCACCCCCUGAACUGGGUUUCCAGGUCACGGCGGAAGACCUCAACAUGGAGAAGAAAGCAGCAUUCUGGCAAAUCAAUAGCAUGUUACGGGGUGAGGCCGAGGCGGGCUUGGCUCCCGCGCCCUCCCCGGACGCUGCGGUCACCCCCGUGGAGACCACUCCACCCUCUCAGCCUCUCUUCUCGGGGGCUCCCCAGACCACCAGUGGGAGCAUCUUGCCCCCUCUGAAGGCCCCGCAGACGGCUCCAAGUGGUGCCCUGGCCUUCGUCACCCCCACUCAGGGGACCGGGGUCACCCCCAUGGAGACCUCUCCACCCUCUCAGCCUCUGCUCUCGGGGGCUCCCCAGACCACCAGUGGGAGCAUCUUGCCCCCUCUGAAGGCCCUGCAGAUGGCCCACAGUGGUGGCCUGGCUGUCUUCACCCCUGCUUCGGACGUCGUGGGGUCACCCCCAUGGACACGACUCCACCCUCUCAGCCUCUGCUCUCGGGGGCUCCCCAGACCACCAGUGGGAGCAUCUUGCCCCCUCUGAAGGCCCCGCAGAUGGCCCACUGUGGUGGCCUGGCCGUCUUCACCCCUGCUUCGGACUCUGGGGUCACCCCCAUGGACACGACUCCACCCUCUCAGCCUCUGCUCUCGGGGGCUCCCCAGACCACCAGUGGGAGCAUCCUGCCCCCGCUGCAGGCCCCGCAGACGGCCCCCUUUGGUGCCCUGGCCGUCUUCACCCCUGCUUCGGACUCCGGGGUCACCCCUAUGGACACGACUCCACCCUCUCAGCCUCUGCUCUCGGGGGCUCCCCAGACCACCAGUGGGAGCAUCCUGCCCCCGCUGCAGGCCCCGCAGACGGCCCCCUUUGGUGCCCUGGCCUUCGUCACCCCUGCUCAGGGGACUGGGGUCACCCCCAUGAAUAGCACUGUACCCUCUCAGCCUCUCCUCUCGGGGGCUCCCCAGACCACCAGUGGAAGCAUCCUGCCCCCUCUGCAGGGCCCGCAGAGGGCCCCCCAUGACGGUGUGGCCUUCGUCACCCCUGCUCAGGGGACUGGGGUCACCCCCAUGAAUAGCACUGUACCCUCUCAGCCUCUGCUCUCGGGGGCUCCCCAGACCACCAGUGGAAGCAUCCUGCCCCCGCAGAUGGGC